AUGACUCAAUCUGACGUUAAUGGACUGAAGGGCUGUCCAAUAGAAAUUCUGUCUUUCUGUAUAUAUAUCUUGAUCAAUUUCACUACUACUACUACUACUACUACUACUACUACUACUACUACUACUACUACUACUACUACUACUACUACUACUACUACUACUACUACUACUACUACUACUACUACUACUACUACUACUACUACUACUACUACUCACACUACUACUACUACUACUCACACUACUACUACUACUCACACUACUACUACUACUACUCACACUACUACUACUACUACUACUACUACUCUUUCUUCCAGGUAUUGUCAUCAACUGGAGUUAAGAUGCAGUCAUAGGUUUAUUGACCGGUGA